AUGAAAGCGUCCAGGCAACAGAACAAGAAGCAACAGCUUCAGCAGAGAGGAUGCAGGGCUUUGUGUUGCAGUAGCAGACUUAGUGUAUCUUCGUCAGAGGAAGCAGAGAGCUCAAAUUCCGAGAGGUUUGCGUCAGUUUCAACCCUAGCGCACGCCAUGGUGCAAGAGAGACUGGAUCAAAUGAUUAGAGAAAGGCAGGAGGCAAGACAAUUAGAGAGAAGAAGGCCGCAAAGAUCAGGUCAUGAAGGGACUAAGUUUGUUUUGGUGAUGGCCAUGGAAAAGUGCUCCUACGAUCCCAGAGAGGAUUUUAGGGAGUCCAUGGUCGAGAUGAUCAUAGCAAAUCGGAUUCAAGAACCAAAAGAUCUUCGUAGUCUCUUGAAUUAUUAUAUUUCAAUGAAUUCUGAGGAGUAUCAUGGGGUUAUACUUGAGAUUUUCCAUGAGUUUGGGAACAAAAAGGCCAAAGCUGCAGAACCUCGCAAGCCACAAAUGAUUACGUACUACUAUCACAAGCGAGAAGUUGUAUCCACCGUUAAAGUUGGUUGA